AUGUCAUUGUCAUAUUAUGCUAAAGCGAUGCAAAUCGUGCAGAGGAGUCUUCCACUAAAUGAUCCAUUUUUGGCUACUAAUUACAACAAUCUUGGUAAUCAACUCUGUGAAAUAGAAGAAUAUCAUGAAGCAUUGUUAUACUUCGAAAAAGCGCUAGAAAUAAUACAUAGAUCUUUUUCUAACAAUCAUUCGCUAUUAGCCAAAACAUAUAGCAACAUGGCUAACGCAUUGGCUGGCAUUGAGCGAUAUGAGGAAGCUGUCGAUUAUGCUAAACGUGCUGUUAAAACAGCUCGUCGCUCCGAAAUAAAUAAUAGUGAAGCAGAAGAAUAUGAAAACCAGCUUGAACUACUUAAACAAAUGAUGGAAUAA